AUGACAAGGAGCUCAGAUGAUCGAGCUGAGUUUGUUUGUGAAAACUUCUUGUAUCGACCCCCGUUUUCGGAUGUUCGUCUCGCCUUAAUAAAUUGUUUGUAUGUAAGAAGUUCCAAAUAUCGCGAAAACAUCAACAUUUGCACCAUGUACAGAAUGAAACAGAUUGAUCGACGUUGGUACGGUAGUUUCAUGCAUGAUCCCUUGGAAAUUGAUUGGGACGAAGUUCGCGAUUACUACAAUUCCUUAGGGCUUGGAUCCAUCUACGCAGCUUGCAAGAAAACACAACCAAGGAUCUGUAAGCAUGGCAGCUUUUGGUCUGGAACAACAUAUGGAGUAUGCUCCACCUAUAAAGACUAUAAAGAGAUGGAUGCAGCAAUCUGUUCAUUUUACUCUUGCAUUCAAACACUAACAAAGCGCCAUUGUGACAGUGUUCUCGCUACUACUACCACCACAACCACCACCAAAACAGCAACGACAACGACUGCAACUACACCUAAAACCACAACCACCACUCCUGAAAGUACAGUUUCCUUGACUGAAGAAGAAACCACCACAACGAUGAAAGAAACAACGGUCACUGAGAAGGAGAUCACAACAAUUGAGGAGGAGACUACCACAACUAUGGAAGAAACUAUCACGACAGAGGAGGACGCUACCACGACUAUGGAAGAAAUUACAACGACUGAGGAGGAAACUACCACGAGUGAGGAGGAAACUACUACGACUAUGGAAGAAACUACCACCACUGAAGAGAAGACUACCACAACUAUGGAAGAAACUACCACCACUGAGGGGGAAACUACCACGACUAUGGAAAUAACUACCACCACUGAGGAGGAGACUACCACAACUAUGGAAGAAACUACCACGACAGAGGAGGAGACUACCACAACUAUGGAAGAAACUACAACGACUGAGGAGGAAACUACCACCACUGAGGAGGAGACUACCACAAACAUGGAAGAAACUACCACCACUGAGGAGGCGACCACCACAAUUAUCGAAGAAGCUACCACCCCUGAAGAGGAGACUACCACAACUAUAGAAGAAACUACUACCACUGAGGAGACUACCACUACUAUGGAAGAAACUACAACGACUGAGGAGGAAACUACCACGACUACGGAAGAAACUACCACCACUGAGGAGGAGACUACCACAACUAUAAAAGAAACUACCACCACUGCAGAGGAGACUACCACAACUAUGGAACAAACUACUACUACUGAGGAGGAGACUACCACGACUAAGGAGGAGAUUACCACUACCAUGGAAGAAACUACCACGAAUGAGGAGGAGACCACCACCAUAGCUGCGCUUGUUUUUGAUCCUGAUAUGCCAGCUGGACUAAAAAGUUGCAUUGAGACUCCCUUUGGCAAUGAAGAUGUUAAAUUGAUUUAUGGCAUUGGGAAUGCUUACGGAAACCGCUUGACCCAAGCUGGAUUCGGAAAGGCAGCUGAUGUUCUUGCAAAGUUCGUGGAACUAAAUCUAAACGUGGAUAAAUUUAAGGGAUGGUUGAAGACCACUGCCAGAGUCAAUGCCAAUUUCCAAAGUAAAAUUGCUGAUUGCAUUUCCAAGAAAUGCGAAUUCCUUCCUGCCCAAUGUAGCCCAGAACCUGAGCCCACGACGCCUGAAAUCGAACAAGGCUUCCAAUGUCCUGCUUUGAAUGUCACCUCAGGGAUUGUUCAAACUGUCAGCCAGGCCUAUUGUGGUUGCCGGCAAAAGGACAGUGCAUCAAUGAUGUUCAACGGUGCUAAAGUCGUUGGCUAUGGCCCUUGCACUCGAAGACCCCCACCACUGAAGGAAGACAGCAACCUGUGUGCUCUGAAUGCCUUGGGUUGGAUCAAGCAAAUUACGGCAAAAAUGAACAACAUCUACAUCCAAUUUGAUGAACUGGAAGUUGCUUUUACCGCCCAAGGGCUUGCUCCAGUGUUGGAAAAAUGUCGUCAAGUGUUUGACAAAGAAGCGUAUGCCCAAUUUACGAGAAGACAAGACCCUGAGAUCACGGGUACUUACGACAAACUCUCUGCUUCAAUUGAUGACUUCCUUGACUGUGUUGGAAUGGAAUGUCCAGAUUUCCCUGCUGCAUCUUUGACGACCCAAUCUUGUGAAGGCCUUUGCUAACGUCCGUUUGUUUGUAUUAUUGUCUUAGAAUAAACCAUUGCAAUUACUA